UCCGAGGGCCACGGCCGACGGAAGUCUCGUCGAGUGCUAAUUGGGUACAAGUUCGCAGUGUGCACAGGCCGUCGCAGGCCCAGGGGUUUCGACUCUAAUGUUGCGCGAAACCGGUCGUCGCACCGGAAAUUGAAACCCCGGGGUGAUCGCGACGAAGACCGUCUGUCUGGAUUGAGCGGUCGGAGCCGAAAAAGUCGUGAUCAGAUCAGGAUCGGAAGGCAGAGUCUGCGCCAGGGCGCGAAGAUUAAACGUCAGUCCAGUCCAACUCGAUUUGGUAAGCAAUCCAGACUCGUCCUUGCUCGC